UCCUUUUCUUGCUUGCGUGUUUAUUUCCUUUCACCCCUUGCAAUUAAGUUUAUAUUCUGUUUCUUAUUUUAUGGGGUUGAGCUGCGUGUCUUUCUUCGUCUCGCAAGUCGCUUUAACUCAAGUCUUUCAAAACGGACUAGACUGGCGGGUGGAUGGAGCAGUGCGGGGGGGGGUCCUGUUUUCCCCGAUUUAAUUUAGGCAGAGGACAUUUCCGAGGGGGGUGGAUGGAGGGAGGGAGCGCGAAAGCGAAGCAGCCCGCCAGUUCGCGAGCGCAGAAGCGGCCUUGUUCGAGUAAGAAGGAAAAAUGAGUGACGCAAAGGGUAGCCAAGCAGUGUCUCCGAAAGGCAAGGAUGGUGUGGAGAAGAGAGGGCGAGGAAGACCACGCAAGCUGCCCCAGGAGACCAGUAGUUCCACAGUUUCAAAGAGGCCGAGGGGCAGACCAAAGGGAAGCAAAAACAAGACCCCCACCAAGGCAAAGAAGGUGGCCAAAUCUGCUAAGCCUGUGAAGGCUCCAUCGGGAAAAGGCAGAGGGAGGCCCAGAAAGCAGAAAAAGGAACAGGAAUCAUCUGAGGAAGAGGAGGAUGAGCAGUAACAGAUUUAUUUUCAACUCGCUACCUCAUUCAGCUUAGGCCUCUUGAUCAUGGCUGGACUCAACACCACCCCCCCCCCCCCCAACCCCCCCUGCCCAUGAAAGGGAGGCAUGCCGUUCACACCCAUCUGCUUUUCCGCUCUAGCACUGGAAGGACCUUUUUAUACAACACGGUCAACAGUCAACAUAUCCAUAUUUAUGUGCGUGUUUAGAAGAUGACUAACUGGUGACUGGCUACCCAUUGUCUUUCGUAAUGACUUCUGGAUGUUGAAAAUGGUCUUUUAUACUAGACAAAGGUCUUUUUCCCCCCCUCUUCACUUUGUGGUACGCAAAGUUUUAAAAGGCCCUUUCAGGGUAAUUAGUUUUAGAUAUACUAUGUUAGUCUGAUUCUGCUUGUUCUGAUUUGUAACUUUUUUUUUUGUUAGCAGGUGUAUUGAUAUCUCGUUGUAUGGUUCCUUUGACUCGGAUAUUCACUCCUAAGUCUAGAUGUGUGAAUGACAAGCUUUCAGUUGAGAUUUGGGAUUGGCUGUGGUUCUAAAAUGUUUAUUUUGUUAUGGUCAAGAUGACAUAGGACUGGGAUCACCUGAUCUCUUCCUCGACAGAUGAUUCAGUAUUUUUGUUGUGGGAAUGUAAAUCACUGGAUUCACUAUAGAGCUCUGCUAGUGGGGAUUCACUAUACGCAACUACCUUGUUUACCCAGAGUUCUCGGCUCGGUUUUGUUUCAGGUCAUGUUGAAAAGCCAAGUGUCCAUCGACAGGGAGACACUGCCGCUCUGCAGUUCAGUGACGCAUGUAAAUGCAAUGGGAUCAUGAACUUUGCAUGAGAGUCAAGGUGUUGUGUUGAGUGUUGGCCAUAUUCUAUGGUUCUCUCGACCGUUUUGGUGUUUCCUGAACUUAAGUGCUAAGUGAAAGCGCUGUCCCAUCACGACUGUGGUUUUUAGAGCGUUUAGCAGACUUGGUUCCACGUUGACCGACCCCACUAUCUGCUCUGCUUGUGUCUUGAUGUGUUGGGACACUGUCAAAUAUGCUCUAGUGCCAUCAUUGGCUUCUUUACACUCCUGAGUGGAGCCGUCUGACCUGUGUGGUCAGUACGAAUAUGAGGUGGUUGUAAGAACUCAAGGAACCCGUGUCUGCUGCCGGUGUUGCUUCCUGAGAUGUGGAAGGUGUGAGAGAAACAUGUAGCGGCUUUGCUAGUGAACCUAGUGGACGGUCCGUUUAGAGGAACAAUGACCGUGAAUCUGCAAGAUGAGCAGGCUACCUUCAGCUUUGUCACGAAGCUGUGUGGGCUCAGGUCUGUCGACCUGGAGAGAGCCUACUGAAGAAAGCUCUCCUAUUCCACCACCUGAACACUUCCUGCUGAAGCCCUUACAUUUCCUCUACGUUGGUCGAUUGUCAUGGAUGCUCUCCCUUUGCAAGUGGGGAGGGGAACAGCAGUCUAUUUCUCAGUAUUUCAGUUCGCAGUACAUUACAUAUGUUUGUGCUUUUGAACUGGUCCUCGCGUGACUCUUGUGUCCCAAUUCUAUGGUCCCGUGUCUCCCCCUCCCCACACAGAAUGCUGGUCCAUCACUUUUUGCCAGACAUACUGCUAAUGGGCCCGCAAGGUCCUUCACAUACCUCAUGACAAACCUCUCUGUAAACUGGUUCAGUCCUCACGUUUCGGGGAGAGGGAGAAAACAGGGCCACGUGUGUCGGGGGGGCGCUCAACGCAGCUCCUGCUCUGUGUGCCUGCCGCUCUGAUUUCUGUUCUUUCAUGCAGAAUUCAACAUGUCCGCGCUUCCCUUCAUGCUGCUCUCCAUCUGUGUGCAGAGCAUUGAAAGGAGCGCGGACGCUUAAGUCAGGGAGAAAUCUUUUUGUGACUGGAUUUUUAUUUUCUGUACUUUGAUGACGGCAUCGGUUAAGUAACCAGUAAUGAAAUGUUCAGUCUUGUUUCUCACAUGUAGUGGGUAUAUCAUGAUUGGAAGUCCUUUUAGUUAAUUUUUAGCAUACAGUAGUUGAUCCUGCCCCCGCCCCCCUAAAGCUAUUGAUCAUGUGACUCCUGCAGGUCUGCUUGUCUGGAUUGGUUAGCAUUUUAGCACCAUGUUGGCUCAUGACCAGCCGUUGGUUUGAUCGUGGUCACCAGGCAGUGAUGCUGCUGUGCCCGUCACCUUAGAUAUUCUUUAAAUUUUUCUUUCUCCGCUCUUCCACCCACCCGAGUGUAUUUUACGAAAGCCGUGCUGUGCUCACAAGAUGGCUGGUCUGCUUAACUCCAUCCUCUUAACACUGCACUCUUAGGUGGGCGUUUUUAUUUUUUAUCUGCUUUUGUCAUUUUUUGCCCUGUUCCCUUUGCCCUUCCUGUGGGCUUAGAUGUCUUGUGCACAUCCUGUUUUAGGUUGCAUAUUUUUAACCAGUUUUUAUACAUGGUGCAGAUGUUGCUAUUCAUGUGUUUUUUAUUUUUUUUCCCUUGUGCUGGAAUUGUAUUGGUUCAUGUUUUAUGUGCGAGACAGACCACAGGUUAGCACCCUGUCCUUCCUCAGUCUGUACCUCCAGCUUGUCCUGCUGAUCAUUUGGGAAGGUCGGCUGGUUAAAGCACUGAUGUACAGGCAGGCUGCAGGGACGUGGGAGUGACCGGACUGGCUGAAGACCCAGUCUCCUUGUCCCAGUGACCUAUUGCCCACACAUCUUAAUUUUGAUGCAACCCUCCCCCCAUCUGUUUAAACAAACUAAACGGUUGACUUUUUGUAUGACGUUUUCACUAUCAAAUAUCUCUAAUGGGUUGGAAUUUGAAAUGUUCUUUUACUGAUGUGUGAAAUAAAGAAUAGCUCAUUA